UUUAAUAAAUGGUUUACAGAUCAAUUACUAACCAUUAACAACACUUAAGACAGUUUAUGAAAUGUUAUCAUGUGUGCAACAAUAAACUGUUAAAAUAUCAUAACUUAAAACAUUACUAAUAAGUAAACAUUAUUAAGUAGAAUUUCUAAAAUAAUUAGAGUUAAAUUAACUAUUAAUUUACCUUUUAUCAAUGAUGGUUAUUGCUCCUUUAUUUCUGUCACUUCUCUGCUGUUGUUGUGACUCCUCACACCUCCUCCUCCUCCUCCUCCUCCUCCUGCUGCUGCUGCUGAGGGAGAUCACAGGUGUCAGACGGGCCUGUUUCGCCCUCUGCUGGAUGCUCUUGAGUACUGCACACUGGUCAGACUGGUGACAUCACAGCAGCCUCACCUGCUGACAGCUCGCUCACAGGAGCUUCAGAGCCAUGAAGGACUUCCUCUUCCUCCUCCUGGUGGUGACGGAGGCGUCCUCCAGGUCUCACAGCAGCUGGUGUGACCUGGGCUGCGACUGUCGAGGAGAUCUGAGGUUCACCAUCUGCUCCCGGGCGCUCAUCUCCCAGCUGCCCGCCAGAGUGCCCCCCAACACCGAGCUCCUGGACCUCUCCGACAACCACAUCUCUGUCAUCCCCGAACGCUCCCUCAGCAAAAACCGCAAGAUCCGAGUCCUCCUGCUGCAGAACAACAACAUCAGCGUGGUGGAGGACGGCGCCUUCUCUCAGCUGGAGUUCCUGCAGAAGCUGGACCUGAGCUGGAACCAGAUCUCCACCCUGACUGAAGGGUUCUCCAUCGGCCUGGCGUUCCUGCGGGAGCUGCAGCUCGCCCACAACCGCCUGACGAGCCUGGACAGCCACAGCUUCCUGCACCUGGACGGCCUCCAGAGGUUAAACCUGACCAGCAACAGCAUCCACACCAUCCAGAUCAGGUCGUUCUCCUCCAUGAGCAGCCUGCGGCAGCUCCACCUGGAGGGCAACCAGCUGACGUCCCUGCGGAGCGGCAUCUUCUCCAUGCUGCGCUCCCUGGAGGUCCUCAACCUGGGCGGGAACCAGAUCAGCGAGACGGAGCCGGGCGUCUUCAAGCCGCUCGUCAGCAUGACGCUACUCAACUUAGCCAACAACCGCAUGUCCACGGUGCAGUUCAAGACGUUCCUGAGCAUCCACACCUACAGCACCCACAUCCUGCUGGAGGACAACCCGUGGAACUGCGACUGCGACCUGCAGAGAGUCUUCAGGAAGCUGCAGAGCAUCCAGAGGCUCUUCCUGGACGACUACUACAACCUCACCUGCAAGGAGCCCACCGUCCUCGAGGACUACAGGCUGAUGGACGUGGACACGGAGCUGUGCCUCGCCGAGACGGUCACCGUGCUCAUCAUCACCGCCACCGUGGUGAUAACGGUGCUGGCGGCCAUGCUGAUGGGCGAGAGGAAGAGGAAGAAGAAGAAGAGGGGGAAGCACUGGACGCAGCAGGGGGAGCUGUCGGAUGAGUCGGACUACUGAAACACAACUUCUGAACCAUGUCGCUGUUUAAUUUUAUUUUUUAACUCUUUAUUUUCCAGCAAAGAAAGACGAUUAAAAUAAAACAUUCUGACUUUCAGGCUUCUCUGUUGUCGUCGUCGUCGCUUAAAUCCCUCAGGAACAUCUGCACGCCUGCAGAGAUUUGAGACUCUGUGGUUCAUUUUGUCGGAUUUCCCAUCUGCUUCGCACCGAACGAGCCUGAAAAAGCUUUUAAACCGACACUGUGGAAGGAAUUACUCUAAAACAUCUGCUUCAUUCAAUAAAAAAACCUCUGCUUUCCUUGAAAUGCAGUAACUUUAACCAGUGUAUUAAUGGAAAAUGUUUAUUUUCUCAUCUUAAAUGUUCAGAUAUAUUUAUGUGAAUGGAUACUGUUCCCUUUUUAAAGUUUGGAAAACAUUAAAUUGAAUGUUGAAACAUUUUUGUGAUUAAAACUUUGUGUUUAAAAUGAACAUUUGCCCACACAGGACUUCACAUCAUCUGCUUCAGGGUCACAUGGAAGUCUGCAGCGCCCUCUGCAGUUGCUGUAAUAUCCUCAUCUGUGCUGCUCAGUGACACACUGGAGACCUUUAGGCGGAGCCGCUCUGAUGCAGCAAAGUCACAGGAUUCAGCACGGAGGGGACAGGAAGUUGGCAAAAUAAAAGCAUGACGGAUGUCGAGGGAAAACCAAGAAUAUUAACGCACACAAAGAGUUUGCACAAACAAUACCUGGACAAUAAACAUACAAAAUAAAGGUGAAAUAGGCAUUUAUUAUUUUUAUUUUAUUCAUUAUUUAAGCUAUCAAUUGCAUUCAAUUACACAGUUCCUUAAAAAGUCUUAGAAGACAGAAUUUAUUAAUCCAAAAAUAAGGCCUUAAUUGGUAUU